AUGUACUGGGGCUACAGCCCUGCGCUGGACCUUCAAGAGGAGGUGGACUGCGACGGAGAAGAGCUGAGGGCACUCUUGGUGGGGGGAUGCGACGCCCGCCACAUACUGAAGACACUCGCCAGAGCUUACAGGCCAGAGGAAAUGGCGCGCGACCUCGUCGGCAGGCACCCGCCGCGGAGACUGACCCUGCUGGUGGAGGAAGCCAGCGAGGAGCUGCUGGCGCGCCAGAUGCUGCUGCUGGCGAUCGCGCUGGAGCCGCCGGAGGUGCUGGGUCCUCGGGAGAAGGCGCGUCUCUUCAUGGAGGUGUACGGGAACCUGCACCUGCGCCCGGCCGGCGCGCGCUACGUGCGCGGCAAGGCUGCGCAGCUGGCGCGUGACGCGGCCCAGGAGAGGGUUGAGGAGGGGGGAGGAGACUGCUGCGCCCUGCCCCUGGUCAGCCUGGCGCGGCUCAGGCACCGCGAGCGAGACCAGAUGCUCGACGUGCUCAGCUUCUGGGCGGCGGGGGGGAGAGGCAUCUUCCGCCCCGCCAGCCACUGGGACGCCCGCCUGCGCGCGCAUCUCGGCGCCAGGUACGACUCGCGCGACGGGGUGUUCGACUGGGACUACCACAUGCGGCUGGCGGACCGCGAGGUGGCGCGCGCCGUGGACGCGCGGGAGUACCGCCACUGGCGCCGCACGGGGCUGGCCUUCACGUGGCCGGGCGCCGAGCCGCGCCUCCCCAACUGCACCCUGGCGUCUGGCGUGCAGCGGCUGUGCGGCCAGCUGUGCCACCGCGGCUACCUGGGCGACGUGGUCAGCGGGCCCUUCGCCGCCUACGGCAUGCGCUGCGAGCCCGAGGACGCAGAUCUCCUGAAGACAAAGAACGGCGCGCGGGUGUUCACGUCCACGGACGUGACCGAGAGGAACCUCAUGCGCCUCUUCCACGAGCUGCAGACGGGCUUGCCGUACGAGCGCGCGCCUGACGCCGACCCGGGCGCCGGCAGGGUCGUCAUGGAGCUGCCGGAGGUGCAGCUCGUGGUCUGA